AUCGUGUACAAGUUAAGGUUAGAGUAUCAGAGUCAAAUAUGAAAGGAAACUGUUCUUGUGUGCUAAACAUCAAUUUGUUCUUAUGAAAUAAAACGCAAUUAAUACGAAAUUAGUACGCACUAGAUACGUUCGCAAAUUAAAAAUUUCCUGCAAAAUAUAUUUGGUCUACGAAAUUAAUAUACGGCAAAUUUUAAUAUUUAUACAGAAUAUGCAGAGCAUUCGUCAAUGUGUUAAGUAUUUAGCGUCAUACAGCAGAUCUACUAUAAAUAGGACGAAUAUAUUGUCAAGCGCGACAAAUCUUGCGCCAACAUGCAGUUUUCAUAUUUCUGCGAUAUGUAGAAGUAAUUUGCUAAAAUAUAACACCCCGACGGGGUUUCUAGACUAUAAUAAGACUGUGUUUCCACCUCAAAAGCCAGGUGAAGAAAAGAGACCUGCUUAUGUAUGCCAUAUGAAACCCAAUAUAAAAUACAGUCCAAAGAAGAUGUGGUAUAUUGCGGGUUUUGUGCGAGGAAUGUCCGUGGAUGAGGCUGUAAAACAAUUGAGUUUUAUGCAUAGGAAAGGUGCAGAGAUUGCAAAGGAAGUUAUAUUGGAAGCUCAACGCAUGGCUGUAGAAGAGCACAAUGUCGAAUUUAAAAGUAAUUUGUGGGUUGCGGAAUCGUUCAGUACUAAAGGCAUCGUGAUAAAGGGUUUGCGGCGUCAUGCUAGGGGACGCCCAGGAACUAUACACUAUAGGUAUUGCCAUUAUUUUGUACGCUUGGAAGAAGGACCACCACCUAAACAUUAUUAUCUACCCUAUCCUAAAACUGGUGAGGAAUUGUUGGAAAAGUGGUUGAAAGAGAUGCAUAUGCGCAAAGUAUCGAAUUCUUUGUAAUACUACAAAUAUGAAUUGUAAUACUGUAAAUACACUUGAUGAAAACCAAUACAUAUAUUUAAAAAAUAUA